UAGGCGGGUUAAAGAGCGCGCUGCAGGUUGGGCCACGCGUGUCAAAGAAGUUUCAAUGGCGUGGCAGGGGCUGAUGGCCGAGUUCCUGCAGGUGCCCGCGGUGACGCGGGCCUACACCUCGGCCUGCGUCCUUACCACCGCUGCUGUGGUCUGGAGGCUCGUCACCAACUUCCUCUUCUUUGGGCCGCUGGGAUUCAGCUUCUUCUUCAACAUGCUCUUCGUGUUCCGCUACUGCCGCAUGCUGGAGGAGGGCUCGUUCCGCGGCCGCACGGCCGACUUUGUCUUCAUGUUCCUUUUCGGGGGUGUCCUCAUGACCCUGCUGGGGCUCCUGGGCAGCCUGUUCUUCUUGGGCCAGGCACUCACAGUCAUGCUGGUGUAUGUAUGGAGCCGCCGCAACCCCCAAGUGAGAGUCAACUUCUUCGGCCUCCUCACCUUCCAGGCACCAUUCCUGCCCUGGGCGCUCAUGGGUUUCUCUCUGCUGUUGGGCAACUCAAUUCUCGUGGACCUGCUGGGGAUUGCCGUGGGCCACAUUUACUACUUCCUAGAGGACGUCUUCCCCAACCAGCCUGGAGGCAAGAGGCUGCUGCUGACCCCCAGUUUCCUGCAACAAGGGGACCUUUGCCCCAUUUUCCAGCUGAGCAGCCAAGGUACUUGGCCGAGGCUCCAUGAAGUCAGGUGCAGGAGAGGUCCAGGACCGGGGUCCUCUGCCCUUUCUGCAACCCCAAAGCUUUGAGAAAUUUUCACCUUGGCAGAGUUCUGCAAAGUUUUCUCCCUGAUGUUUGUAGCUGAGGACAUGGGAGCCUGAUCUGAUACCACAGCUCACUUUUUUCUUUGGUAAAGCGGAUACCAGACAGCCUGGCCUACUUUCCUCAUUGCCCUAGACUAGUCAGAAUUAUAGUUGAUUCCUGGAUGAUCAGCAGCAAAGGCGUUCCUCCAGCCCUAGGCUGUCACAUUCACGGAUGACACAAGUAUUCAUCAUGGAGUCUGACCUUAAUUUUGUAGGGAAACCCAUGUGGAGUUGCAGCUGGCUCUGUAGGAGCACUGGGCUGGGUUGCCCAGAGGGGCGGAGGCGGGCAGUAUUCAGUCCAUCCCACCAGUUGCAGGGGCACAUGGACCAAGCAAACCCUUCAGCAAUGGAGCCCACUUGUCUCCAAGGCCAGGGGAGCCCAGUCCUGAAAUCUUCCUCUUUGUUCAGGGCCUUCCAGUGAAGCCCAACUUCGCUCCAGCAAGUUGCACUCCUGGAUGAAGGGCAGUGGGCCUGAGUACAAACUCCCCAGGAGCUAGGAGCUGUCAUGUCCCAGGACAUGAUCACAGGACCCCCAGCCCAGAGGGCCAGGCCCAUCUACCCUUAUAUCCUGGCAACCAAGACCCCAAUUCCUACUCAAGAGCUCUGCCCUUGGCCAGUGUGGGGCUCAGGUUGGGAGCCAGGUGGCACCAUGCUCCUGCCAUGCCCAGGGAGCAGAGCUGCCCUGACCCAACAGGGAAGACACAGCAGCAGCUAAUGGCAGCUGCCUGGUGUUGGGAUCUGUUCUUUUCGGCAAGACUGCAGCCAUGGGCUCAGUUCACCAAGCACUGCUUGGCUCCGUGAGGAGACCCGCACGUGCCACCCUUGUGGAGCCCUCAUGCCUUCUGUAGAGUGGGGACACUUCCCCAUGGGACAAGGAUGCAGAGCUGAGGAGAGGCCCAGGGCUGUGCCUCCCUUCUCGACACACCACAGCCCCCCACCCCAGCCCCAGGCAGGCGUGCCGCUCCACGUGUCUUACUCCUUGAGACCCACCUGAGAGAGCUGCUGGCCUGGCUCAGGGCUCUAGCUGGGGUGGAGCUGGAAUAGGGUGGGGCUGUCGCUGACAGGUAAGCCGGCCCCCGCCCUCUGAACCUCACGGCCUCACUUCUGUUCCUUGGAGGAUGGCACAGGUGGUGGGUAGCGGGCUGAGGGCCUGAGGGCCUUGGAUGCAGCCUUAUUAGCCCCCACCUGCCCGCCUGGGG